AUCCGUUUUAUUCCACAAAAACCCGCAGAAACAGCAACAGGAACAGUUUCUGAGCCUUAAAAUGGGUUGAAUCAGAGUCACGUGGUUACAACAACACAAUCUUAUGUUUUAGACAUAAAAAUGAACAUUUAGGGAUUAAAAAAAUACUGGUUUUAUGCCGUCCUGAGGAGCGCAAAGGAGUCCACUCCGCGUCUUAUUGGGCGCAUUAAGAGUCGCAGUUUUGGCGCAGAAACAGCCGCAGAGCUCUUAGAGGACAGCGAGGACAAAAAGAUCCGGUUCCGCGAGUUUUCAGCCAGGAUCCGGCUUUUGUUGGUGCUUCCAGCCGCCAUAAACCCGAUCGGAGUGGACCGAACCCCGGACCGCAGCUCCUUCUCGGUCUGCCCGCUCCCAGCGCCUCCUCAGCGGCCUCCAGCUGCUCACCUGCCCGCUCCGCGGCUCACGUGUCCCGGACUGUCUUCCUCACAUGACCCGGGUGUUUGUCCCCGUGAUCAGCGCCUCCAUCUCCGUCCAUCCGAGCUGCUGAAGUUUCUUCCAUCCUGGGAAGGCUUGAUGGAGAUGCUGGAGCAGAGCCUGGAGGGCUCGGUGAGUCACGCCAAACAGGAAACAGAAGAAGUGGUGCAGCUGCAGGAAGGAGAAGCUGUCGGGACGGAUGGACAGUCAGCGGUCACCAUCACCAGCGUCCCCCAGGCCGCCUUCACGGACCACGGCGUUCAGUACCAGUUCCGCACCGAGAACAACGGCGGACAGGUGACCUAUCGGGUGGUUCAGGUAACCGAGGAUCAGCUGGAAGCGACGGCGGACGCGACCGGCGCUGUCAGCGUCGUCUCCGCCGCUGCGUUCGCCGGAGCUCCUCAAGCCGUGGCUCAGGCGGUUAUCCAGAACUCCUUCAGUAACGGAGGCAGUCCAGGUGGGGACGCCGUUGGAGGAGAAACGCGUUUCGCUUAUUUUCCCGCGGCCGCCGUCAGCGACGGAACGGCGGUGUCGGUCCAGGGCGCCGACCCGGCCAUCACCCAGGCGGGAGGCCAGUUUUACGUCAUGAUGAGUCCGUCGGAGGUUCUGCAGACGGCGAGUCCUCGGACCAUCGCACCCAGAACGCACACCUACACUACGAAGGUCGAAGGUCCGCGGGCCCCCAGAGACGAGAGGCGACGAGCUCAGCACAACGAAGUGGAGCGAAGAAGACGAGACAAGAUCAACAACUGGAUCGUCACGCUGUCGAAGCUGAUCCCGGACUGCAGCGUGGACACCAGAACCGGAGCGAGCAAAGGAGGCAUCCUGUCGAAGGCCUGCGACUACAUCCGGGAGCUGCGGCAGAACAACCAGCGGCUGCAGGACGGCUACAAGGAGGUGGAGCGGGUGGAGAUGGACAACGAGCUGCUCAGGCAACAGAUGGAGGAGCUGAAGAACGAGAACGCUCUGCUCCGAGCGCAGCUGCAGCAGCACGGCGUGGAGGUCAACGGGGACGAGACGCCGCAGUGAGCGCUGGACCCCGCAGCACCAACACGACCCCCUUCAUCCUGGUGGAACCGAGCCGGACCCAGAGCGGGGACGGUGCCGCCCCUCGCCCCGACAGCUCUUCACC